AUGUCUCUACAAGUUCCGCAAAUUCAGCAACCCCAGCGACAACAAGGAGAGCCAUUGGUUCGGAGGAUGAGCCUUGGGGAUGUGUCGCUGGACGAUGGGGAACGCGUGGAAUUGAGCCUCAAUCGUUACAUAAUCAACGUCAUCGUUUUGUACGGGCUUGGAAUGGCGGUUGAACUACUGCCCUACCUUGUCGGCCCAUUCGAGCGCGGGUUUUUCUGCGACGACGAGACGAUUCAAUAUUCGUACAAGGGAAGUACGGUCAACGUCACCGCUCUCUACUUUUUCGCCAUGUGCGUCCCGCUGUUUAGUAUCCUUUGGGCCGAGUUCGUCGUUCAAGCGAGAAUCGAGAAGAGAAAAAGACGGUAUCACCUCCGUAACCGUAACGUGCACAGUCUCGUCGUGCACUUCUUUCAGGAAUUUGGCUACGUUCAACUCGGCCUCAUCUCGGUGCUCUCUUUGAUGCAAGUCACAAAAUUCGUCGUCGGUCGUCUACGGCCUCACUUCUUGACGGUGUGCAAGAUCGAGAAUCUCUCCGAGCUUUGCAAAACCGAUCACACUUUCGUCAACAUUGGUGAGUACACCUGUACGGGCGCGAAGACCGAUGUGCACGAGGCGCGUCUCUCAUUUUUCUCGGGUCACUCGGCGAUCUCCGUCUACACGGCUUUCUACGCCAUUCUCUACCUUCAGGCGAAACUUGGGCGUUUUGAGCCGACAAAAAUUUUCGUCAGUCUCGUGCAAACGAUUUUACUUUGUGCAGCUUUGGUGAUUUGCUAUACUCGAAUCACAGACAAUUGGCAUCAUUGGAGCGACGUGCUUGUCGGGAUCAUCGUCGGCAUUCUUGUCGCUAUUUGGACGGCUUUAUUCUGGGCUCGUCUUUUUGAGCGAACAGCGCAUUUCCGAGUGAGCCUAUUGCCGUUUUUCGAGAAACAAGACAGAAAUCUUGGACACACACCGGCCACCGCUUCAACGAAUGACAUCAACUCGCAGGGUGGAGGUGGAGAUCAAGCCUCAAUCGAUCAGCAACAUCUC